CAUGGCUUUACCAGCCAGACGCAUCGACCCACAAUCGCGAGGGUCUCAAACGGUGGGUUCGCCUAAGGUGCGUGAAGGCAUCCCUGGCUGGCUAAUCGUUCGUGCGGUAAAGCGAUUUCUGGCACUCCCAUGCUACCGUAAGGGGACUCUGUCUGGCAGGUUGGACUAGGUUACCACUCGUUUGGGGGUUACGGAAACAUCUGACGUAAUUGUGAAUUGUCUGUUUUGAUAUUUACAAAACGAGAAAUUAUUCGGUGUAUGAGGUCGUCCUUGAAGGUGAUAAGUUUGUGGACAGAUUGCGACAUCCCCGAUUUAAGCAGGAAUAAUUCGUCCCGUUCAUGUAACAAAGAGUGGAAACACAUUCCCACAAUGCAAGAAGAUUGUGUAGACAGGAGUGAGGCGGAGGUAAUAUAUCGGGUUGCCGUAGACGUUAUGCUGAUGAGAAUACCAGGCUCACAAACAUGGGAAAAUUUAAAUUAUUUGAUAUGAGUGGUUCCGCGAACGACUCUAUCACCAACUCGACGAUAGAGUCGUGGCCACCACAGGCUACCUUGGCAUUUGGAUGGAAAGUUUUUUACACGACAAUUUUGUGUCCCAUGAUUAUUGUUUGUGUUGUGGGUAACGCCUUAACCAUCAUUGCCUAUAUCAGGGAUCCCAAAUUACAGACCGUUCAAAAUAUGUACCUGUUGAACUUAGCGAUUGCGGACUUUCUCGUAGGGUGUGUGAGCAUGCCUUUCUAUUUCGUGACCACCAUAUUGGAUUACCAGUGGAUAUUUGGAAGGCUUUUCUGCAAAAUCUGGAACGCCCUGGACUUUCUGGCGUGCCUUGCUGGCGCGUACGCUGUGGUGUUGAUUAGUGUUGACCGAUCACUCAUGGUGUGGCAAGGUGCUGCAUACGCCGUACGUCAAACUAAAAAGUCUGCGACGCUUCGCAUUGUUAUGUCUUGGUGCUUGUCCUUCUUGAUCUAUGUGCCUGCUGUGUUCCUGUGGGAUGUGUGGACAGGUCAGAGUAUUGUUCCCAAUGGCGUGUGUGACGUGGAGUUUGUAAUUAAUUUCCCUUUCACGCUCUCCACGGCCAUUUUAGAAUUUGUUCUGCCUUUCGUGUCAAUCACUGUCCUCAGUAUUUACCUAUACGUAACGAUCAUUAGGAAGAGCCGGGUAGCUUUGAACACUCGCAUCUGGACUAACAGUUCGGCGCGAAGUCAAGCCUCUUUUCACACAAUUUGUAAAGAACUGGACGGAAAACCGGAGAGGGUGGAGAUAAAAGAACCUGAGGGAAAAGAAUCCGAGAGUAACUCUGCGCUGUCCAGUUUGAAAGAAAGGCUGAGCGGAAGCAAGAAGAAGAAAACCGGUGAUCUUGAGAAGCGGAUUUUACGAAGGAACCAAAAAGCCGCACAGCGUCUGGCAGUUUUAGUUGGAGUAUUUGUCAUUUGUUGGACACCUUACACCAUCACCACAAUCGUGAUUGCUGCCUGUGGCAACUGCGUUGACGAUCAUCUCUACGAAGCACUAAUUUGGCUUCAGUGGGCUAACUCGGUUGUCAAUCCAUUCCUGUACGCCUUCACGACUCCUCGAUUCCGCGAAAAUUACGUUCGUUUGCUCCAUCUUAAGAGGUUGCAAGUCCGUCGUGUGUCAAAACGUCGGGAGGAGCCGCCACCAGCGAGAACGUCUGUCAGCAGCUGUUAACGUGGGUGAUAGCCUAGAUGACAACAUAUCUACUUACCCUCAGAGACAGCUACAGAACUACAAAAACGACUCACCAAAAAUGAAUAUUUUUUUCACAAUUCACCUGGGGCCAUAUGAAUGUGAAUUUUUUUUUUUUAAAUAUACAUAUUUUUUGUCAUUACCUUUGUACGUCAGUCUGUCAUUUUGAAACGUUUGUCACUGAUAUGAAACUGUUGUUUUGUACAAGAUUUAGCGUCGGCCAUUUCAGUUUUGUCUAUGUGGAUGUUAGAUGAAACAUAAAUAAGGUAAUUGCUUUAACAAUUAUACAUGUGGAUCUGACGGAAUGUACUAUUCGGAAAAUGAUUUGAGUUGUUCAAAUGUUCAGCCCGCUUACAAAGUACAGGCGUAGUUUAUGUUCUACCCCGAGCAUUGGCAUCGAAAAACAGGGAAGGCAAUGUUGAGGGUAGUCCCUUAACAAAUGUUGUAUGUAUCCAGCUCAGGUUUUGCACGUAUUUAUUAAAUAUUAAAUACCGUGAAUUACAAAAU